UUCCCGUUUCGAAGAAGCUGAUAAAAACAAUUUUAACUCGAUCUUACGAUUGAUCCGUUGAUUUCAGACGUCAAGUUUAAUCAAAAUUCUUUCAACGGUCGAAAAUGUUUCAGAGACUCUAUGAUGACUGCAGAGGAACGAACCCUUUGCCUCCUUGUCUACAAUCCCUCCAUUGUAAACCCUAGUCGUCCCGGUGACACCAUUUCCGGCGAGCUUCGACGACGGCUUAGAUUCCAACUCCAACGGUAUUCUUCCUUCAUUUGAGUAAUUCGUUUCCUCCAUUUUCUUGGGAGCCAAACUGAAAAUUUGAGAACAUUUUCUUUCCCUUGUGUGAAGCAUUCUGCUAAUUAUAGUCAGUUGGGUUUUAGGAGUUGAUGAAAUCAUCUAUUUUAGCUUCAUAGUUUAGAAUGAGUCCUGCUUUGCUUCCUAAACAUGUUGCUGCAGUGGUAAAAUAUCAGAAGAAUCCUCUUAAAGCACUGGAAAUAUUCAAUUCAGUUAAAAAGGAGGAUGGGUUCAAGCACACAUUGUUAACCUAUAAGGGCAUGAUUGAAAAGCUUGGGUUUCAUGGGGAGUUCGAGGCCAUGGAAGAGGUGCUCGCGGAGACGAGGAUGAAUAUCGACAAUGGUUUAUUAGAAGGAGUUUAUAUUGGGGCCAUGAGAAAUUAUGGAAGAAAAGGAAAAAUUCAAGAAGCUGUGGAUGUAUUUGAGAGGAUGGAUUUUUUCAAUUGUGAGCCAUCGGUUCAGUCAUAUAAUGCGAUAAUGAAUAUACUGGUGGAGUAUCGGUAUUUUGAUCAAGCCCACAAGGUGUAUAUGAGAAUGAGAGACAAGGGUAUAGUUCCUGAUGUUUACACCUUCACAAUUAGGAUGAAGUCCUUUUGUAGGACCAGUAGGCCACAUGCUGCUCGGAGGCUUCUGAAUAACAUGCCUUCCCAGGGGUGUGAAUCAAGUGCAGUUGCAUAUUGUACAGUGAUAGGUGGGUUUUAUGAAGAGAAUCAUCGAGUUGAAGCACAUGAAUUGUUUGAGGAAAUGCUUGGUCUAGGUAUUUGUCCAGAUAUAAUGGCAUUUAAUAAGCUUAUACACACACUUUGUAGGAAGGGGCAUGUUCAAGAAAGUGAAAGACUUCUCAACAAGGUUUUAAAGAGGGGAGUGUCUCCAAAUUUAUUUACAGUCAAUAUCUUCAUUCAAGGCUUUUGUCAAAGGGCCAUGCUUAAUGAAGCUAUCCGUUUGUUGGAUGGUGUAGGGAGGGGUCUGACUCCUGAUGUGAUCACAUACAACACACUCAUAUGUGGCCUGUGUAAGAACUUUAAGGUUGUGGAAGCUGAGCAUUAUUUGCGUAAGAUGGUGAAUGAAGGGUAUGAGCCUGAUGGUUUCACCUACAACAGUAUUAUUGAUGGAUAUUGCAAGCUGGGUAUGAUGCAAAAUGCAGAUCAAAUUCUGAGAGAUGGAGCUUUCAAGGGGUUUGUGCCUGAUGAAUCCACAUAUUGCUCCCUAAUCAAUGGGUUAUGCCAGGAUGGUGACAUAGAUAGGGCAAUAAAUGUAUUUAAUGAAGCCAUGGAAAAAGGAUUAAAGCCUAAUCUUGUUCUCUGCAACACAUUAGUCAAAGGUUUGUCUCAGCAGGGACUUAUUUUGCAAGCCUUGAAGCUGAUGAAUGAAAUGUCAGAGAAUGGUUGCAGUCCUGACAUAUGGACGUACAAUUUAGUUAUAAAUGGUUUGUGCAAGAUAGGUUGUGUAUCUGAUGCCGAUAACCUAGUAAUUGAUGCUAUAGCCAAAGGGCAUCUUCCCGAUGUUUUCACUUUUAAUACCCUAAUUGAUGGUUAUUGUAAAAAACUGAAGUUGGACAAUGCGAUUGAGAUCGUUGAUAGAAUGUGGAACCAUGGUGUUUCCCCAGAUGUGAUCACAUAUAACUCCAUUCUCAAUGGCCUCUGCAAGGCUGGAAAGUAUGAAGAUGUAAUGGGAACUUUCAAAUUAAUGAUGGAGAAGGGGUGUGUUCCUAACAUUAUCACAUAUAAUAUACUGACAGAAAGCUUUUGCAAAGCUCGAAAAGUAGAGGAAGCUCUGAACUUGAUUGAGGAAAUGCAAAACAAGGGUCUGACUCCAGAUGUUGUCAAUUUUGGGACAUUGAUGAAAGGUUUUUGCGAUAAUGGGGAUUUGGAUGGAGCCUACCAGCUAUUUAAAAGAGUAGAUGAGCAAUAUAAAUUUUCUCAUACAAUAGCAACUUACAAUAUCAUGAUCAAUGCAUUUGCUGGGAAGCUGAAUAUGAACAUGGCAGAAAAGCUUUUUAAUAAGAUGUGUGAAAAUGGCUUCUCUCCAGACAGUUACACUUACCGUGUUAUGAUUGAUGGUUUCUGUAAAACAGGAAACAUUAAUUCUGGGUACAGUUUUCUUCUGGUAAAGAUUGAGAAGGGAUUGAUUCCAUCACUGACAACAUUUGGAAGGGUAUUAAACUGUCUUUGCCUGAAGCGUAGAGUUCAUGAAGCAGUUGGUAUCAUCCACCUUAUGGUGCAUAAAGGUAUUGUACCAGAGGUUGUUAACACAAUUUUUGAGGCUGAUAAGAAGGAAGUAGCAGCACCUAAGAUUGUUGUAGAAAACUUGAUGAAGAAGGGUCAUAUAACUUACUUUGCAUAUGAAAUUCUGCAUGAUGGCAUUAGAGAUAAGAAGCUAUCAAGGAAGAAGCUUCCAACUUCCCAGAAGGUGUUCUCUUGAUUUCAGACAGAGGACCUUGAUAUCUUGAUUUCAAAGUGUGUAUGCAACACAUUAAUCUGCAUCAGACCAGUAAACUUCAAGUACAAGGCUACAACGCGGAGGACUCUAGUGAAGUCUGUGAAAAAGUUACCAUAGAUAAGGUGUCUCAGGUUUAAGUUGAGCCCAUGUAGACUCAACAAACCAAAUGGCUUGCUGCAGUUCAAUUGCUGGCAUUGAGGAAAACAUUUGAAAUGCAAUAGAAGAAAAGACAACAUACACUUAAUCCUGUUGAGAUCAUACAUGGAUGCCAAAAGGGAAAAUUUGCAUUUUAGGUUGCAGUGUCAGUUUCCUGGUACAUUAUAACAAGGGUGAACUGGUGCUACAGGCAUGUCAAAGCUAGCAUGUAACUUCAACUUCUAGGAUUGUUAUUUUUGUGCUUUUGACAUCAAGGUGAAUGAGGACCAAUAAGGCAUCUUAGUAAAAUCAAAAACAAGAUUCACAAUUAUUCUGUAAGAAAAUUUGUAAUAUAAAUCAUUUAAAGAUGAUAGAAGAAAUAUUAGCAAAUAAUACAUUCUACUAGACUACCAUUUAAAAAGAGAAGGUCAUGCUUCUUUGGCUUUUCUCUCAAGCAUAUAAUGCUUAGUGUGUUGGAGGAGAUCUGACAUACUGUGAUCAUAAACAAAUAAUACAGUUGUGUUUCUUGUUUAUUGGUGUCCUAAUUGCAUGUUUCUAUGCUUUAUUUAACAUGUGUAUUAUUUCUUACAGGGGUAUAUUUGUUUUACAGUUUGAAAAGAACGAAAUUGACAACUUAUAUUGUGACCUUAUUUCAUUAUUAAGUAGGUAAUUCUCUAUGAAUUAACAUAAGAAUGCAUGUUUCCUACCUAUUACAACCUAAGGCUCCUUUUUAUUUAAAGUACUUGGGAAAGGGGAAAAAAAAGGAAGAAAUAUUAACUUCUCUUGUUUAGUUUAUAAUGAAAACAUGAAAAAAAAAAAAACCAUGAAAUAUGAUAAAAUAAUUUGAGAACUUCUACAUCCUAUAUUCUUCAUAAUAGAAAAAUAAUAUAAUUGAAGGAGGAUUGGAGAAAAGUUAGCAAGUUCAAAUUUAUUUUUAUAUUUUUCUUCCAUUUUCUUUUCCUUUUUCUCACACUCUCAGUGGUUCAAAUGGAGCUUCAAUGUUUUCUUAUCCUCUGCCUUUUACGAGCAUAUGUAAAUUCUAGCACAAAAUAUGUUUGCAAUUUGUAUAGAAUGGAGUUCUUAUUUCUGCAUGGGGUUGUUCCUCUGAGUUAUAUUGCAGAAUGCCAGGUGGCCUGGUGAGGGGCAGGGGGAGAGACAUGGAAGCAUAAUACUCAUUCCUCAUAAUCAAAAUCUUGGCUCAUUCUUCCUAUAGUUUGUGCUGAAGAGGCAGAGUGCAACCAAGGUCCCAUAUUCAUCAGUUAUGGAGCUUGGAAAGCUGUUUGCAUUUUGGCAGGUAUUGGCAUCAUGUUAUGCUCUGCAACUGUUUCAGAAUUGGAGCUCUAGCUAAAUUUGUGCUUUGCAAACUGAAGCUAAAGUGUGUCUUGAAGAUUUCCAAUGGGCAGAUCGAGUAGCUUCUGCAGGACAUUAACCCUUAAAACAGAGCCAGAUCCUUGUGUGUAAUCUAGCUGCUUUGCAAUCAGAACCAUCAAAUUUUCACUCUCUUAGGAUUUAGGUUAAGAAAGUUCUGUAUAAAUCAGUAUUAGCUUGUGGUGCUUUUAAGAAUAUUUCUUUGAGACACUUAUAUCUAAUGGACUUCUCUUGUUCAA